AUGAAUACUCCUAAUUCAAGCUGCACAAUCCUUUUCGAAAAUUUAUACGACAAUGAUCUCGCCUUGAAAUUGUUUAACAAUCGAACAAUCGUCGACAAUAUUCUGAGAAAUGUGAAAGGCGAUAUAAACAAUCGACUGGAGCUUCGUGUAAGUCAUCGGGGAGCUUUCUCUGCUGAAACCAUUUUCUCGGGAAAUUUAGUUUCCUUAAUGCCCUUGCACCGUAGUUACACAAUAUUUAAACCAAGACUAACCAGUUUUCAGUUAGUCAACAAAUCAUUCAAUUUGGCAGCCAUUCAUGUGAUUCGAAAAGAGAAUCGAACUGUGGUAUUUCACAAGUUUAAUCGUUGUGACAGACUCCAUAAAAUUUCUCCAUGUCCAGAUUGUUCAGUCCACUUGAAUUCUGUGAAGCUUAAUAAGAAAAACAUAUUCCAAUAUGCAAGGUUCUUAAAACAAACCAUGAAGAUUAUGGUAAUCAAAAUACGAAUCGAAGACUCAAAAAGAGUAUGCUGUAUGAUUACCGAUGUUCAUCAAGUUAUUCAUAAAUCAUUGAUAGGUUCAGAUUAUGAUAAGGUUGAAGAAUUUGUUGGUAUUGAUCAAAUAUCUUUUUCUACAUGUAUUCCAUGUGAAAAGAUAGCUGCAAAUUGCAAAGUAUUCGGACCAGUUCAAAAUGACAUGUUCAAUGCUAUUCUGAGACUAAAACACCAUUAUGAUGUUUUACAGGUCAAAGACAUGAGACUCUACAAAUUAAUGAUACUUAACAAAGAAGAUCCGACAGUAGUUGAAGACUUUAUCAAUUCGAAUAUCACAUGCUCAAAAUUAACCAUUUUUCUAAUGUAUAUGUACGAAAAGGAGGCAUUUGGAUACUCUCUACCAAGGGAGUUUCUGGAUUUAUUGAUUAAGAAAUGGAAUGUGAAAACUGUGGAGAUUGUUCCAAGACAAGACCAACCAAUACCUUACUAUUUCCAUUGUAACACUGAUUUUAUUGUGCCAAAAGCCAAGUUUUAUGUGGAUUACUGGACUCAACCAAGGUCAAAAUACACAUUGGAUGGCGUUGAAAUUGAUCUACAACUCACAAAAGUAGUCGAACAACAAAUAAAGAAUCGGAAAUCACUAUUCGAUAAUUUUAUUGCCAACGCUCGCAGAAUCUUUCCCAGCAAUAAGAUCACUGUAAGAUUCUCGAAGGAAGUUUGCCAAGAGAUGAUGAGUCAAGGAAAUGUUGAAGAUUUUAUAUCGGGAAUAAUAUUGAUGACUCAAAAGGAUGCUCAACCUAACUCGCAUAUAUCUCUCAAAUUAUAUCCUGAAGAAGUAGAUGCCCCUUUAAUUGAUUCGUUUCUACGUGAAAAUUUCGAGAAGAAAUUUGAUUCUUGGAACCUCGAAACCGUUUCAGACAGUUCUGCAAAUCUCCCAGCAGAAAAAUGUUAUCAGUUUUUCAACCAGUCAACAAAUUGUAAGAUUAUUUUUUAUAUUUGUUGCUAAUCUCGCAUGGAUUUAGUAACCAUUUUUGACAAAUACUCUUUACCACUUCAAUACGCUUUAAAUAGAUAAUUAUGAAGUAAAAAUCUGCUAAUGUGAAAACUCAAGUAGUGAAACAGUAUUUGACAAAAAAAUCAUAUUACAUCCAUAAAAAUACUACUCAUUUCUACUGAAUUCUGAGAACGCGUAUUGCGCAACGUGUCUAAAGUAAAUAUCUCGUAGCGAAAACUACAGUAAUCCUUGAAAUGACUUCUGUAGCGCUGAUCCGAUUUUGCGUUAUUUUUUCUAAAUAAUGGAUAAAAACUUAAAAAAAAACAUCUAAACGAACAAAUUGGAGGAAAAUUAAAAAACGCUAUCGCAAUUUGAGAAUAAAUUUGUUUCUAACGGCAUUGACAUCAGUGCUACAGUAGUCAUUAAAAGAAUUACUGUAGUUUUCGCUACGAGAUAUCUUUCACGUCAAAUAUGAUGCGCAAUACGCAUUCUCAAAGUUUAGUGUUCCCGUAAUAUUUGUUACUGCCAAGAACCCACCGUGUGUUCAAUUAUAACCCCAACAAUCAACCUAGCUAUACUUAACUUCUUCCAUAGUUUUUUUCUAUUUUCCCUCUUUUAUUGGCACCCCACUCCUUUUUUACAUUAUGUGUAAUCUCUAUAAUAUUAUAUUUCCUUGUUUUUUUUGCCUUUUCCUGUUUUAAUGAACU